AUAGUUGAGGCGUGGGCUGAUAUUCCAGCUAAUAUGAUCAUUAAUUUAUUUAAAAAAUAUAGUAUUCUUCACGGUAUUGAAACAGAAUCAGAGGAACAAAUGAUAAUUUCAGUAGAUGAUGAAGAAAUUACCCAAUA